UUUCGCAUCGUCUCUUACUUACCCCUCUUUCUAGAUCCCCAAAUUAACCUGAAAAUCGAUCUCGGAUUUUCUCGUCGUUCCUCAUACAAUCUGUAAAUCAAGUUGUAAAUGGGAUUCAAAAGACCUUUUCACAUUGAGGAGCUGCAGGAGCUUCCUUUCAAGCAUCCAAGACAGUUUGACAAUAGCAAAAAGCUGACUCAGUUUGCUGAUACUAUUCCCCUUAGUCAUAGUCAUCAGAAUCCUCAUAUUUCAGUUGGAAUUGAGGGUGGAUUUUGUAAAUACCAAUGGGAUGAAGAAUUUGAAACUGAUGAUCGUAACAAUGCUGGAUGUUUGGUUGAUAAGGAUUUUGAAACUAGUGCUCCCUUGUCUUUGAUCACUAGCAUGUUCAGUGAGGAAGAAACUGAUACUGGGGCAGCAGCUAUUUCACUUGGUUCUCCAGAAUAUUUUUACUUCAAUUUCCCAAGAAGAACGUUGGGCCAUUUUGGUGAUUCCUAUUCGAUGUUCUUGGACCGGUCUCCUCGAAAACAAGUUCCACUUGGGCCAAAUCAUCAAGCCAAUCUUCCUUUGUUUGGUAGGCACAUAAAGAAGGAUAAAUUAGUUCAAAAUGGUGCAUCAGACACCCAUGAUGUUGACUAUGAAGAGAUUAUGAUGGGAACAUGCAUCAUUCCAAUGCCUGCCUCAGAUUUUUCCACAAACAACAAUGGCAAAGUUGGUGCUGGCAGAACAGACUGUGGUUGCCUGGAUAGGGAUUCAUUUAGAUGUGUGCAACAACAUGUCAUGGAAGCACGGGAAACACUACGAAAAUCCCUUGGGCAUGAAAAAUUUGUGAAUCUGGGGUUUUAUGACAUGGGGGAGGAUGUUGCAUAUAAAUGGAGUGAAGAAGAUGAAGAGAUAUUUCGUGAGGUUGUUUUCACUAAUCCUGCUUCAUUGGGUAAGAAGUUUUGGAAGCACUUGUCCGUUGUUUUCCCAUCAAGAUCGAAGAGGGAGCUUGUCAGCUAUUAUUUCAACGUCUUUAUCCUUCAUAGACGAGCUGUUCAGAACCGAUCUAGUGUUCUUGAAAUUGACAGUGACGAUGAUGAGUUCCAUGGAAGUCAAUGGGCUUAUGGAGUUGCUGCUUCAGAUAAAGAUGAAGACUUUUCUGCUAUUGAGUCUCUUGGUGAUCAGGAAGGUCUGUCAAACCAUCAAGGUGAUUGUCUUGAAGAUGAUGAUGACGAUGGCAGUGACGAGGACGAUAGUGGUGACUCUGAUAGUGAUAGUGGUGAUGGAAAUUAUAGCAAUGCUGCAGACAGAGGGGAUUAUGGUGUAAAUCUUUUGUUAAAAGGGCAUGAUGCAAAAUCAUUUGAUGAGAGCAGGUUCAAUGCUGUUUUUGAACAAACAAAUAGAGUUUCGGGACAAGUAGAGGAUUUCAAUACACAGGAAGACUCAUGCAUGUCUUUUGAGUUUCAGCCGAACAUGGUCGAUUCACGUAGUCUGGUUGACACAAAGGCUGAUUUGCACGAUAGAGAAAUGAAGACCGACCUUAGCAAGUGUAUGCAGACCAAAGUAGAUGGGUCUAGUGACCUGCUGAGCCAUGUCUACUUAUUGGAUACCUGUGAUGCAAAAAUCUGGGAUGCCCGGUAUCCUACGGCUGUUACAAAAGGUAUUGAUCUCCAGCCUACAUGCAACAUUAUCGAAGAGAUUUUUGGACAAGACACUUGGGAUAACAAGACGAGAAACGAAUAAGCAUCGAACGAUGGCUAAGACUUUUGGUUUUGACUAUUUAUUUUUCUCUUAAGUUCAUUUGGCCAAUGUAUUUUUGCUUCUACAUGUUAGAAAGUGCUGUUAAUGAGAUCUUUUCUGCUUUUGUAAAUGACACAGCAGUGAAGCACUCUUUUUCUCUCAUUAGGGUCGAAAGUUGCAGCAUGCAGGUAGUUUUUUUUUUUUAAUUAUAUAAAAGCUGAA